AUGAGCUCAUCGCUGCCUCAGAAUGAUACUGCCUCCUCGAGGACUACGGAAAGGUUGAUAGUAAAAAGAAGGCGCACUGUUAAAGCUCGAUGUCAACGCUCAAGUCCGGAACCAAAUGCCUGCACACGCUGUACGAGACUAUUAGCGGAAUGUACAACGACUCAACCUAAUCGAUCAACAUCCAAUCGAGACUCGUCUACCUCAGAUCUAUACACCAGCUCUGACCUCAACUAUAAUAACAUCUCUAAACCACCGCCAAUUACAGUAAAUCCUUCGCGAACUAAUAAUUAUCACGACCCAGCUCAAUCUAGCGCACAGGCAUCACCUCAUCAACAUAGUAUCUCUCUAUCCGCCCAUCUAGCCACGGAACCUCGUAUAUUGGGAGUCACAAGUUUAUCAAGUUUGAGAGAUGAAAUUUCUGUCUCAUAUGGGAGUCACUCACAAGAUGACGCGUCAAAGGAUGACGAGUACGAUUUGAAAGCGGGAGGAAUUAGAAGGGAAAUGAGAUUGCACGAAAGGGAGUUGAGUUUUGGCGUUAUUGAACAGUUAUUGUCGGAUUUCGCAACGCAUAUAUCCCCUCUAAAUCCCAUCCUAUCGUCAAACGAUAUUUUUUCACCAGCUAGAAUGUCAGUAGUCACCAUCUCGGCGGUAUGCGCUGUUGCUUCUUUAUCGAGAACAGUUCCUGCUUCCAUAUUUCUAGCGGCAAAAGAUCGAUUAGUCAAUCUCCUGGACCAAAGCGAUAUCCUGAAAGUAGCCAGUGUUGCAAACAUCCAGGCAUUAUUGGUGGCCACUUCGAAAGCAGAGCUUUUGAUGAACCAGCGUCAAAGCUCUGGUGGAUCCUUAUCAUUUCAAAGAUGCAGUUCUGCAAUUCGCAUGGCACAAGAACUUGGCUUACAUAGGACGGAAAUCGAUUUCCCGCCUGAUGUGAUCAGAAGGAGACAAAGCACAUGGAGAUCAUGUCUGAUAGCUGACAGAUGGUUAGCAGCUGGAUAUGGGCUUCCGCAGAUCAUCGAUUUGGACGACUGCAACGAUGUUUACGAGAUGAAGGAGACGGAUCCGCAAAUGAUUUUACAAGCCGGAUUGUUUCAAGUCAGCACAUUGCUAGGUAGAGUCUUGAAAGAAAUUUAUACCCCGAAAAUAUUGACUCGUACAAAUGACGACAGGAUAGAACGGCUGAUAACCGACAUUGAUCAAUGUCGAUCUCGAGCGCAUGACAUCCUCAGAUUUGAUCCCUCAUCUGACGCCGGAAGUGUUGUGUUUGAGCUUUCUAUUCUCACUGUUGAAGCAUUGUUCCUCCGAGGGGUGACCAGCAAGAAAGUACAACUUCCAUCACACGUUGCUUAUCGAGCAAGUCCGGGGAGAUGGAAAGCUAUAUCGGAAAGAUCCCAGAUGCUGGUCGUUUGGAUCGAAGAAAAGGGGGAUUGGCUGUUGGACACUACACGGAUAGGUCUGUACGGGAUGACAUUUUGCAGUCUUAUGAUGUUUCGGGAGUAUUCUCAAUAUCGCUCGCCCGGGGCUCUGCAUGGCUUGCAUCUGGCUUCGAGAGCGACUUCUCGUUGGGCUGAAGGAAAUGGAGAUAUAACGUAUAUGACUCCAGGUAGGAAACAUCACUCUCAAAUCAUCAGAACGUUAUAUCUCGUAGCCAGAGACGGAACAAGGGGAAGUGCUAUCGUCACAGGAGAAAGAUUACAUGUGGUCUCACCCUUAGCGGAAGGGAAGAACAGAUCUUCAACUUCACCUACGACCUUCCUUUCCAAACAAACUCCAGCGACAAUUUCGGUCAAGCAUUCGCCGCUGCCACUACCCACUGAGCUCGAAGUCGGUCACUCGUUACUUCAACUUACAAAUGACCGAGAAAAUAUGCCUCAAACUUCUGAAAUACCACCUCUUUCAGAUACGUUUCCAAUAUUCGGGUCGAGCUCGGGGUUUGAUUCUGCCCCAGAAGAGGCUGCUUGGGCACCUAUGGAUAAUUGGCUCUCAGAGAUGCUAGACCAGGAUGGGGUAGGAUGGAGUUUCUGA